AUUACUGUAUGCGAUCGUAUUUAUGACAACAACAUCAUUUCACACUUAUAUAUAUAUAUUACUAUAACAACUGCACUGGAGAUUAAUACAUGUUUGGACGAACACUAUAUGCGUUUUUACAAUGGGAUGUAUAGGCAGCAAACCACGCCAAACAGCUGUCGGACCGCAGAAAACAGACGUUUCAAAUGUUAAAUCAGUAGAAAACGUGAAAGUACCGGUAGUUGAAUCGCCCCAAGAAGGGAUACACGAGUUCGCAGACAUUGAUCAGCAUGUCCAAAAGGCACCUUCAGCGCUAAAGGAAUCCGUCGAAUCUCUUGUGAAUUACGUGAUGACGAAAACUAAGGACCAACGACUUCUAGUGCGAGGGUUUUUUGUUUGGAUUGCAGAGAAUAUAAGGUACGAUAUCGAUGGUUUAUUGGGCCGACAGCCACGUGCACCGAAUGACGUCACGUCCGUCAUGAAAAAUGGGCUGAGCGUCUGUGAAGGUUAUGCCAGUGUGAUGGAAGCCCUCUGCAGAUCUGCAGGGAUAGAGGUAAAGAAACUCUCUGGGUUUUCGAAGGGUUUUGGAUACGACGCAGAUAAGCCGUUUACAGAGUCAAGCCAAACCAGCCACGCCUGGAACGCUGUACGUCUUGAUGGUAAGUGGUUCUUGUUGGACUGCACAUGGGGCGCUGGUCAUACGGACGGGCACAUCUAUGUCAAAGAAUUUAAAGAGUUCUACUUUUUGACCGACCCUGCGCAAUUUGUUAACGAUCAUUUUCCAUACAUGGAUAAUAAUUUGGCAGAAAGCAUGAAAUGGCAGCUUUUGAAAAAGCCCGUAACUCUUGAGGAGUUCAACAAGAACGCGCAGCUCAAAUCACACGCUUUUGCUCUGGGCGUGGUCCCUGAAAGUCACAAGAGUGGAACGAUAACAAUGACCAAUGAAAUACAGCUUAAAUUUAGAAGCAAGAACAAGAGAUUGCAUUACAAAGCCACACUUUGGCAUUUGGAUGGACACACGUGGCGCGAAAAGGCCGAUGCUACAUUGGCCAGAAGUAUUGGGGAUUUGGGCGUAAUAAGAGUCCAUCCACCACUGACUGGAAAAUACAGGCUUGACAUUUUCGCAAAGGAAGGUUCGGGAGCAGGCACAAUGGCACAAGUGGCAGUAUACGUUCUGCACUGCAAUUCUGUACGUGAUGGUGAUUUCCAAUUUCCGAUUGUUUACGCCUCCAUUUAUACGGAUCAAUGCGAGAUUGUCCAGCCUCAGAACGCUAAACUUCCUGCAAACAGUGAAAUUAAUUUUGAAAUAAAGGCUCCGGAUUUGGAUGGAAUCAGUGUGAAUCGGGAACCACUUCAGAAAAACGGGGGACUUUUCAGUGGUAUAGUCAGAACCGGAGACAAGGGCUGUGCAUAUAAGGUUAAUGCGGUAUUUAAAACAGGCAACACAACACGCUGGGAAGCAAUGUUCCAGUAUCACACUGAGUAAGCGUUCGAGCUGUUAGGGGAACUUAAGAACUUCGCGCUAAGCACAAUAUUAAUACUGAAAAAAACAACUUUAAGCUUUUAAGUCGCGAUAUGCUUUUUUAAUCUUUUAUUUUGCUCUGUUUUUCUAUCUUCGUUUACUGUUUGAGAUCACGAAUUGUUGUGUUGAUGGUGAUAUUGUUGCUUUUGAUAUUUACAGGGUAUAGUAUUUACCGGAAGUUCGUUUUAAUUUACUGUUUUUUGAUGUGUUAACGACAAAUACCGGUAUUUUUUACAUGUAUAUAAUGAUAUUGAAUUUACAUAUUACUGAAUUAUUUCAAUAAUGCCUCAUGCAUUUCAAACAAUCUGAGCUCCCCAAUGAUCGAUCUCGACUUCAGGACAGCUGCGAGAGCGAUAUUAUCAAGUCUCCACAUGUGGAUGCAGUCAAUGGCAAUAUUAAGAAGGCAAAACUUUAUUGAAUUUCUACUGUAUAUGGAACUGGACUUUUGACUAGUAUUCAGGUUAAGCCUUCAAUUUAAGCUACAAAUUUGUCAAUUUCAAGAUUUAUAUUGGAAAGAAACUGAGCAUCAAACAACGUUGUAAACCUUGAAAAGGACCGGUGUUUACAAUUCCCAAUUAACUGAGAAGUGCCCAACCACCAGUCAUUAAACAUUCAAAAAUCGCUCAAAAAACGAGGUUGUUUGAUACCAAAGUUGUAAAAAGGGGCUAUUAUAAAGUAACGUGAUCAAAACGAUUCGCGAGAUGCGCUUGAAAGAAUUUUCCCAGUUUUAUGCAGUGUAAGAUUUUAAGACAUGAUCAUCCCUUUGUUCUAAAUAUAUUAGACAUAUGUAUAGAUGGUAGAACAAUAUUCCUAUAUGUGUUAUAUUUUGAAGAUUUCAUGUGGUUGUAAUACUGUUACAUGAUAUGA